UGCCGGUGACGUGUGCUGUGCUCUGGAUCGCUGCUUGGUGGCUCCGUGGGACCAGGUGGGAGCGGGGUGGCCACAGACCACAACUCAGACAACACGUCGGCCGUGCUGCGGGAAUGGCUGGUGGCCGUGAAGAGUCUGUACCACUCGGUGGAGUGGCGGCCGGCAGAGGAGCCCAGGUCCUACCCAGAUGAGGAGGGCCUCAAACACUGGUCCGACUCCCGCUACGAGCACGUCAUGAAGUUGCGCCAGGCGGCUCUGAAGUCAGCCCGGGACAUGUGGGCUGACUACAUCCUGUUUGUGGAUGCGGACAACCUGCUCCUCAACCCGGACACUCUGACCCUGCUCAUCGCCGAGAACAAGACGGUGGUGGCCCCCAUGCUGGACUCCCGGGCCGCGUACUCCAACUUCUGGUGUGGCAUGACGUCCCAGGGCUACUACAAGCGCACGCCCGCCUACAUCCCCAUCCGCAAACGGGACCGCCGGGGCUGCUUUGCGGUUCCCAUGGUGCACUCGACCUUCCUGAUUGACCUGCGGAAGGCGGCCUCCAGGAACUUGGCGUUCUACCCUCCCCACCCGGACUACACCUGGGCCUUCGACGACAUCAUUGUUUUCGCCUUCUCCUGCAAGCAGGCAGAGGUGCAGAUGUACGUGUGCAACAGGGAGGUGUACGGCUUCCUGCCUGUGCCACUGCGGGCACACAGCACCCUCCAGGACGAGGCCGAGAGCUUCCUGCACGUGCAGCUGGAGGUCAUGGUGAAGCACCCACCGGCGGAGCCCUCCCGGUUCGUCUCAGUGCCCACCAAGAUGCCUGACAAGAUGGGCUUUGAUGAGGUCUUCAUGAUCAACCUGAAGCGGCGGCAGGACCGGCGGACACGCAUGCUGCAGGCUCUGAGGGCACAGGAGAUUGCGUGCCGGCUGGUGGAGGCUGUGGACGGCAAAGCCAUGAACACCAGCCAGGUGGAGGCGCUGGGCAUCCAGAUGCUGCCUGGCUACCGGGACCCGUACCACGGGCGGCCUCUCACCAAGGGGGAGCUGGGCUGCUUCCUCAGCCACUAUAACAUCUGGAAGGAGGUUGUGGACCGGGGGCUGCAGAAAUCGCUCGUGUUUGAGGAUGACCUGCGCUUCGAGAUCUUCUUCAAGAGGCGCCUGAUGAACCUCAUGCGGGAUGUGGACCAGGAGGGUCUGGACUGGGACCUCAUCUAUGUGGGCCGGAAGCGGAUGCAAGUGGAGCACCCCGAGAAGGCUGUGCCCCGCGUGAGGAACCUGGUGGAGGCCGAUUACUCCUACUGGACGCUGGCUUAUGUGAUCUCCCUGCAAGGCGCCCGCAAGCUGCUGGCUGCCCGGCCGCUGUCCAAGAUGCUGCCUGUUGAUGAGUUCCUGCCCGUCAUGUUCGACAAGCACCCAGUGUCUGAGUACAAGACCCACUUCUCCCCCCGCAACCUGCGCGCCUUCUCUGUGGAGCCCCUGCUUGUCUACCCCACGCACUACACAGGGGACGACGGGUAUGUGAGCGACACAGAGACCUCAGUUGUGUGGAACAAUGAGCACGUCAAGACCGACUGGGACCGCGCCAAAUCCCAGAAGAUGCGGGAGCAGCAGGCGCUGAGCCGCGAGGCCAAGAACUCAGAUGUGCUGCAGUCCCCACUAGACAGUGCUGCCCGUGACGAGCUCUGAGGGGCAGCAGCCACAACACCAAAGCAGCCAUCACAGGCCCGGCCUCCACGUGCUCGCCAGGGUCAGCUGGGCCCCUGUGGGUCCCUGGCAGGCCAGGGGGCUCUCCACGCAGGGCGGUGUUCAUCCAGCGUUUGCUCAGCAAUCACAUGCACGCAGGCAGCAUUAAUGGGGUGCCUACUGUAUGCCAGGAACAGGGCUUCCCACCUUGGGUGGGAACAAGCCAGCAUUCAUCUCUCUGUGUACCCAACACUUUUUAAGCAUUUACUGUGUACUGGGUUCCUGUGUUAUGGCAGUGAAGGACGCGUAAUUAUCCCCUCAAUCAGUGAUUGAGUCAGUCAUCAAGCAUUUAUUGAUUCCCCCCCAAGAAUCAGGCACUAGUAUACACAUUCAUUUUUUAAAUUAAUUCAAGUAUUUAUUGAGUGCUGACUGUAUUUUGAGCACCAUU